AUACCGUUCAUCUCUCCUUCCCUAAAACCAUUCAACCUUGCUUCCACUAGUAAGGAUGACUUUUGGGUCUCUAAAUCCUACUUUAAUCCUUUACUUCAUUUGGAUGAAGAUGUCCAGGAGAAGGAACCUGAUCUUACCCCCCUCUACUGUCACUCUGAUGGUCAUACAGAAGAUAGGCCUUUUGACACCUCUGAGAUUAGGCCUCUCGCUAUGGACACCUCUCACUGCAGCCCCAAUUCACUACCUUUCCAGAAAUUCAGACGGUCUUCUUUGCCCCGUCAAACUCACAACAUGGAGACCCAAAGCAAAUCCAGUAAGAAAGUCUCUUGGCAGGUCUCUGCUUCACAACUCCCUGCCUACAGCCUCAAGUUGGGAUUUCCCAACCAUUUGUCGUCUAACAGCAAUAAAAGAUGGAUGUUUUGGGACCCCAACCAACUACUCUUCAUUAGUGCUGAGGACGAAGAUCAGGUUUCUCACUGCCUUUUCUCCCUCCCUCAUUCCCCAUCCUCCACCAUUCUUAUCUCUUGUAUUUAUGGUUCUCAUACGGUGGUGGAACGCCGGAAUUUAUGGAGAAACCUUCAACACAAAAGCAGCCUUUCCUCGUGUUGGGUGGUCGGGGAGGAUUUUAAUGUGAUCUCCUCCCUUAAGGAAAGCAAAGGUCAGAUUUGCCCAAACACUCAAGGCAUGGAUGAAUUUAAUUCUUGCAUUGAAUCCUGCAAUCUACUCUGCCCGGAACCCUCUGGAGGUCUUUUUACUUGGAGUGGCAUUAGAAGCUCUGGGAAACUUUGGCGUAGGCUUGAUCGUAUUCUGGUUAACCUUUCCUUCCAAUCCACCUUUAGUGCUUUUGAGGUACAACAUCUCCCUAGAGCUUGCAGUAACCACAAAGCCCUCCUUCUUUCUUGCUCGGUCAACAGUGAUAAAGGCCCAUCAGCUUUCAGAUUUUUAAACCCUUGGAUCCACCACACAAAUUUCAUUUCAAUUGUCAAGGAAUGCUGGACCAAAAUGCCUACUGUUGGCGGUAGGCAUGGACUUAUAGCCAAACUCAAGGGUCUCAAAUCCUGUCUCAAGGCUUGGAACAAGGAUGAGUUUGGUCAUAUUUUCGAUAACCUCAAGAAUGCUGAAAUUUAUGCCACUACCACCCAGCAGCUAUAUGAAGAUAACCCAACGAAGGCCAGCCGUGUAACAGCACGGGAAGCUAACGCCAGGUUGCUCCUUGCUAGCCACAAAGAAGUUGUCUAUUGGAAGCAAAAAGCAAAUGCCAAAUGGCUAGAACAUGGGGAUAUGAAUUCCAAGGUGUUCCAUGCUUUCGCCAAUGGCAAGAAAAGGAAGCUUGCUAUCAAUCAUAUCAUUUCUCCUACUGGUAUUGGGCUCUCAGACAGUUCCCAGAUUCGUGAUGCGGCAAUAACCCAUUUUUCCAAACAGUUCCUGGCCCCUGCCGAACCACCCCCCUUGCACAACCUAUCCCAUUUACCUUCCCUCCUUUCAGACGAGGACAACACCAUGCUUACUGCCCUCCCCACCUUGGAGGAGGUCAAAAAUGCUAUUUGGAAUCUGGACAGCAACAGUGCCUCAGGACCUGACGGCUACAACGGGGUUUUCUUUAGAACCACUUGGGAUAUCAUCAAGGAAGAUAUGCUUAAAGCCUCCCAAGAGUUCUUCUUAGGGUUCGCCAUCCCCCAUGCUUUUGGAAGCA